GUGUGUUAAACCACUUAUUGAGAAGAAUGAGGCAGAGAAAGUGGUGGUGGUAAUUAUGGAUAAAGAGCAUCACCCAGUGGAAAGGUUCGUGUUUGAGAUCUCCCAGCCUCCUUUGCUGUCUAUUAGCUCAGACACACUGCUGUCUCAUGUGGAGCAACUGCUAAGAGCUGUGAUCCUGAAAAUCAGUGUGUGUGAUGCUGUUUUAGAAAACAACCCUCCAGGAUGUACAUUUACUGUUCUGGUUUAUACCAGAGAAUCUGCCACUAGAAACAUGGAGAAAGUUCAGGUGAUCAAGGACUUUCCCUGGAUUGUUGCAGAUGAACAGGAAGUCCUCAUGCAGGAGCCCAGACUCAUUCCUCUGAAAACGAUGACCUCAGACACAGUAAAGAUGCAACUUUAUGUGGAGGAACGUGCACACAAAGGACAGCAAAAUGUAGCAUGAAAAAAAAACACUUAUAAAAGGCUUCCUGUUUUGCUUCCUGUGCAACUGACACCACAUGUUCAGAGUUGUGGUGGUUUACAUAUUGAAUCUAGGUUUCUCACAACCAGCUUGAAUUCUUGGACUUCAAGAAUGCAGUUUGCUGAAUGCAAGGAUUAGCAGUAAACAUCAGUAACAUCAUGACAGGAAGUACUCUGACCAAAAAGUGAGUGAGUGAGUAAUCUGAGCUGUUACAUUCGCACUUUUUGGGGGGUAAAUUGUAAAAAGUGUGUGUAUGUAUUUGUGCAGAUGUGUCUUUGUUUUUCCCCACCGGUGUGUGUUUUUGUCUUGGCUUGAAUUCUCACUUAAACUGAAAGAUUCUCACAUUUUACCAAUGUCCUAUUAAAAUAUUUUAUAACUCUGUACCAUCUGGUGUUUUUAAAGUGCCCACAAUGUACACUAUUGUGCAGUUAUUUACUUACUUACUUACUUGUUUACUUAGUCCACUUAAAAUGUUUGAAUGGUUGUAUUAUACAGUUAUUCAUACAUAGCAUUAUAUUUAACAAACUAUAACAUAACUAUUUAUAACAUAAAAUGAAGGCUUGAAACAUAAUGCAAUUCAUGCUAGGUAAUUAUUCUUACAAAAUAAAAUUACAAAUCUAGAUUUAAUGGACAAUAUAUAUCUCACUAGUGUUCAUACUAAAUAUUCAUUAAAUGAUAAAACAUUAAAACAAAUUAACUUACGGUUUGCUGUUGAGUCUAAUAUUGUUGGCUGGAAUUAUAUACACUCUGAUUAGACAUAACAUUAAAACCACUUGCCUAAUG